AUGGAUACAAAUCUGACCAGGGAUGAGCCAGCAGUGGUUAUCAUUGGUGCAGGGAUAUCAGGGAUGUGCGUUGCCAUCGAUAUGAUCAGACGAAAUCAUAGCCGCAACUUCGUUAUUCUCGAGAAGGGUUCUCGUGUUGGUGGAACAUGGAGUGACAACCAGUAUCCUGGGUGUUGUUGUGAUAUCUGGAGUCACUUGUACUCGUACUCCUUCGAACCCAAUCCAAACUGGAGCACCAUGUAUCCGGGGCAUAAGGAGAUUCAUGACUACUUAGUUGGCGUUGCAGAGAAGUGGAAUUUAUUCCGCCAUAUCCGCUUCAACAGUCUUGUGGAAGAAGCCAGAUGGGAUGGCAAAGCCAAUCAGUGGAACACGAAAUAUACACAAACUUAUACCCUCUCAUCGGACUUUCUGGUCUCGGCGAUAGGGCAGCUUAACUACCCGUAUUACCCCGACAUAGACGGUAUGGACUCCUUUGCGGGCAGGACAAUGCAUACGGCCCGAUGGGAUACAAACUAUGACUUCACUGGCAAAAGAAUAGCCGUCAUCGGAAACGGUGCUUCGGCCAUUCAGGUAAUCCCCGAGCUUGCCAAGUCUGCUGCAUCCGUCGUUGUCUUCCAACGCAGCGCGAAUUGGGUCACUCCACGAUUGGACAGGCCCAUCAGUCCUCUGAUGCAGUCGAUAUAUCGCUAUUUGCCACCCAUCCGGCGGCAAUACCGCAGAAUGCUCAUGGAUUUCCGAGAGAAAUUCCAUGGUUUCAUAAUUGCAGAUUCGGCUCUCAACGACUAUGCUCGGGAUAGCUGUCUCGACAUGAUGAAGCGACAGAUUCCAGAGAACGAAAAGCUGAGGGCAGCCUUGACUCCAGACUAUACGCCAGGCUGCAAGAGGGUUCUGCUCUCGGACGAUUUCUACGUUGCAAUGAAUCAACCUCAUGUGAGACUCGAGACAAGCCGGAUCGAAAGGUUUACUACCGACGGAAUGAAAACCACAGAAACUGAAUAUGAGUUUGACCUUGUGGUGUUUGCUACCGGCUUCCGCACUACUCAAUUCAUGUUUCCUAUGAAGAUAUUCAGCGCAACUGGGAGCAGUGUGGAUGAGCUCUGGAGCAAACAAGGUGCCGCUCGUGCCUAUCUGGGCAUGACAGUUGAGAAUCUUCCCAAUUUCGCCAUGCUUUACGGACCAAACACGAAUUUAGGUCAUAAUUCCAUCAUCUUGAUGAUUGAGGCCCAGUCACGAUAUAUCAACACCCUCAUUUCCCCGAUCUUAAAUGCACGCAAGAAAGGUGCGAGUUUAUCAAUGCAACCCAAACAGGAACGUCUCGUAUCAUACAACGCGGAUGUCCAGGAACGGCUUACGAAGACUUCUUUCGCAGACCCAGGGUGCAGUAGUUGGUAUAAGAAUGCCAACGGCGUCAUCACCAAUAAUUGGUAUGGGACUGCUGUAGAGUAUCAAAAGUUGACAUCCAUCGUGAAUUGGGACGAUUACAUCUUCUCUACUCCGAGUCGGCAGCAGGCUCUACCCAAAGGAAGGGUCAAAAUCGGCCGGGUCGUCGAGGAAUCCAGUUAUCGGCCAGUCGAAAUCGCUUUGCCAAUCGUUGCGCUGAUGACAGCCAUAUAUGGUGGAUUCUAUUCUGGUCUUCUGGCUUAUCCAUUCGAAUUUUGGUCCUAA